GUUACUCUUAUCGGUCCUUCACCCUAAAGAAGUGUCAAUACCAUGGCUUCGGAGCGCCCCAGCGCUGCGGGCGAAGUACCUUCAGCGACUCCUGACACGACUAGUCAAGCAAGCGCGAAACUAAAGCGACGAAGAGUGAAGCGUGAGGGGCCACCACAGCUUCAAUUCCUCAUUGCAACCGAUCCUUCGCAGUUUAGAGAUGAAGAUGCGAAGAGAAGCGUACGGUCCCAGGCGAUGAUACACUGGAGACAUGAGGAGGACAAGAAGAAAAGAAAAGGCAGUCAGAAGGAUGACUCGACUCCAACCUCAUCUGGAAAGGGUACCGUCCGUGAUACAUCCGCCAGGUCUGAAUGUACCUCGUCUAUUCCCACGCGUACACGCCAAACGCAAUCCGUACAGUCUUGGUCAGAACCGGCAGAACUACAACAUGAACAGCUGCAACACGCAUCCUCUCGCAAGGGAUCAAACUUGUUGGGGAUGAGUUCAGACUCAAGUCCCUUCGUUGAUACUGGUAGCUCGCGUUGGCAGCUCACUGCAACCGAAACUGCAAGUUACUUCCCACAGUAUCAAAACAAGACAAGAGCUAUCACAGAAAAAGCUGUCAUUGAUUACGAAGAGAGUGAGAGACAUGAGGAGCGCCAGCUUCGGACGAUGAUUGUUGGCUUAGCAACUUUCUACAAUAUUGGCGGAUCCCAUGAUCCAUUCGAUGUGUUACCACAAUUUCGGAACCCAUAUCUAGAUGCACUGUACUUAUCGCGUAACUGCAUGCGUGCGUUUGCCUCUGACUCGACUAUGAAGAAAUGGUUACCAUUGAUGCUGUCGCACCCACAUAUCAUCCUGAGUUCCACCGUCUUGGCAUCAACAUGGCUUGAUAUGCACAACAAAUGCUCUGGUGAUAGCACAACGACUGUAAUGGUCAAAGCUGAGACCAUAAGCAUGAUCAAUGAGCGCUUGGCCAAUCCUACCUUGCAGCUGGAUGAUGCUACACUAAUAGUCAUUUUGCAUUUGUUUGCAGGCGAAAUGUGGGUGUGCAAUGAGAAGGCGUUGCGAAUCCAUGAGAAUGGUGUUGCAACGUUCGUCUCUCGACAUGGAGGCUUGUCCUCUUUCAUCUACAACAGAGCUUUGGCUGAAGUGGCUAUCGCGUGUUGCUACCACUGUGAUAUCUUCUGCGAAGCCGAGAUGUUGGCGCCGUUCCGAGAGGGUUUACCCGCGAACUCUGACUUAAUCGACAGCGAGACAGCAUUGCCAGAAUCGCCACUGUACUGCCCGAGAGACGCCUUCCUGACGAUUUCUGACGACGCACAAUGCUCGCAGUCUACCUUGGAGCUCUUGUGCGACAUGAAAGAACUCACCAACAUCUUUGUGGCGCACAACAUAGCCCUGAAUACAAUACACAAUACCGAUGCAGCAGACAUCACACGCCUGGGUCUUCCGAACGACGCUUACGAGGCCACGAUCCAGAAUAUUCGAACACGGGUGACUCUAUUACCUUCAGCCCACACACCUGAUGUGCCAGUUUCAGGAGACUGGGUAUACGAAGCAUGUCGCAUAGCAGCUCUGAUCUACACAACCGCGAUUGCGAUGGGCAUACCCUUCUCUGUAGCUGCAGACCCAAACUACGUCAACUUCUUCGAAACACCAAUGUCUUUCGCCAUUUGGGACAGCGACGAACAACUUCCCAAACCUCACCUCACCGAAGCUCUCUACGAAACACUCCAGCGAGCCAACACCAGCAACGUGUGGAAGAACAUGUCUGGCGUGCUUUACUGGGUGGGCGCCGUAGGUGCUGCUGCAGCUCGCAUACCAAGCACCAUGAACAUGGCGCAACAAGAUAGGCCUGGACCUGAGGCCUACUCUGUGUGGGUUCGACGUUGUCUGAUCAUGACCGCAACUCGCACAAUGAUCGUCUUGGUCUUCGAGCACCCCACAGCUAUCAUCACAGCACAGAAAACAUUGCUGAAAGUGCAGGAGCUGAUUGGGUCUCAUGCAUCCAGGCGUCUUGAAACUUGAGCAGGACCAUGUGUUCCAUGUGCGAGACGUGGAUUUGUUCGGCUUGCGGAAGUCCGCGGAUCCCGACCACCGUAUUCUGAACGAUAGCCCAGCAGCACAUGUCGUCCCGAGAAGACAGUGUGAUGUCAACACUGACUGAACUGGCAUGGACUUGUUUUGUGGUCCUCGUCUUCCGAGUACCCGCAACCCGUUGUUCUGGGUCGUGGUCGCUUACUGGGACCCUGUAGGACGCUUGAGUCGAUGCUCAUCACUGGACACUUUGAGAGUUUUUGUCAGACCACACGGAAUGUUCUCAUGCAGCCUAUGGCCUUUAUCGUUCAGACCGAAGGCUACUGAGUCUAAAAGUUUCGCGCAUUUGGUUCGUCCGGAAGAGCCGAGCUUGUUCGUGACAAGCUGUCUCACGGCGUCCGCUUAUGUCCGUCAGCCUUUGUCACAGUUGCUCACUGUUCGAGAAGCAAGACAAAAUUUUGGACGUCG